AUUGGAUCUCUUUCCUUCUCUGCAGCAUCUUCACAUCGCCCUCUCCAACCUCUCUGCACUCUCUGAAACCGUGGGCAAUCUGGCGCAGCUGAAAGUGCUGCUGCUAGAGGAGUGUCCCUGCCAUGACCUCCCUUCCUGCGUCCCUCACUAG